AUUCAAACUAGAACCCAACCAAUUGCCACUUCCAAAAUUGUGACUUGUGAGUGUGCUAGGGUUCUAAGCAAAACCUAACAUUGUCUAUCAUCAUCCUCCUCGUGCCUGGAAUCACCCGGAACUCGUUCAGACGGUACGUUGUGGCAUUGGUGAUUUAGGCGAUGAAAACCGAUUGGGCUAGCUUUUCAGAUGGAACUACAGACGAUGAGGACAAUGAACACGGCUUCAAUGAUGAUGAGAAUAUUUGUUCAUAUUCAUCGGGUUAUAUACCCAAAUUACAGUUCCGGAAAGACAUAUCAAAAGCCAAGUGGAUCGACAAGUUUGGAAUGGCUGAGAUAGUUGAGAUGAAGGGUCGUCUCUGGGCAACCACAGGGAUAGUUCGCAACGGGAAAAUCUAUUGUUUCAUUGAAGAAACUUUGUAUUUAGUUGAAAUAGGGGCUUUGCAUCUAUUUGACCACAUUGAUACGCCGAUGUCUCUUAAAGAUGUGUAUGACAAGGUUUCAGAAGCAAAGAAUAGAUUUUCUUGGGUUGCUUUUGAAGCUUACAGACACUUGAAGUGCCUCGGGUACAUUGUACAACGUCAUGGUUUUCUUUGGACUGUGAAGAGUGUUACUGCCGAUUCAUCCGAAGACAUUUAUUUCAUCUGUGAGAGGUUCAAACGUAUGAACAUUAAUGAGGUGAAACCAGUAUUCGAUGUUUACCCUCCCAGUUCCAGAUUCAGAAAAUCUUCUCCAGGUCAACCAAGCUUUAUACUAUGUUUCACUGGAGGCUUUCCACCAUCCAAACAAGAAAUUGAAGAACUAGAAAGGUGUUGCAAUGGCAGUCCGAUAAAAGUAUGCAAUGUAGAUCACGGGCGUGUUAGUUUCAUCUCUUUCAAGAAAGUCGAGCUCCCCGCUCUUCCCUGAACUGCAUGUCGUGGUGUUCGAACCACUUGUUCUACGUGGGAUUAACGAUGCAAAGUACGAAUGGAGUUUAUGAUUUUUCUUGAAUAUCAAAAUGUUCAUUGUAGGAUUUUGAAAUAUACGAAGAGUUUUGUUAUUUUUUUUCCAAAAAUAAUUGUAAUUAUAUUUUUGAAAUAUGUGAAUUCGACUAGAUGGAAAACAUAGCUAGUGCUCUAAUAAUGUCUGGUGAUGCUG